UUUUUUUUUAAAUAUUUAAUAUUUUAGAUGGAAAAACAUUUGCCAUCGCUUUAUAAAACGAUUUGAAAAGCCUUCAUCUUUCUCUCCCUGGUUUUUCACACGCUCAGUCUCGCUGGCAGAGUUUCACUGCCUCUGCAUAUUUCUGCCACUUUUCAUCCUCUGAAACUUUGCUGAGACAUAUUUGGCAGUUUCAGCGCUCAGUUUUGAAGUUAUUUUUGUCUUUGUCUGUUGUUCUUGAAGCAAGUAAUUUACAAGCUUCUGAUGAUUUCCCGUCGACUUUUGGAGUUUUCCAGUGGAUAUCCCACUACUUGAACAAAAAAAAAAGUCUGAUUAUUUCGUAAAGCUCCCAAAUUUGCAAAGUGAUUAUAAAAGCAUAUACACCAAAAAGUUUCAGUUUUUACGAGAGGCAACUGACACUAGUAGAGAAAGAGGACCUCUUUCAUUUAUUUAUUUUUUUGCUUUGGGUUCUUGGGUCAUUUUCUUCACUGGCUUUGAACCAAAAAUUUCGUUUGGGUUCGGUGAUUUUUGGUGGUGGGUUUUAGAUAAAAGUCUUUUGGCGUAAGACUUCGAGAUAUGAUUGUCAGCUCUCUUUGCACUGCAGGGACUAAAUUCUCGAGAGAAGAAGGGAUAGGUGUUGGAAAGAUGACAGAACACAAAAGGGGCCCUUGCUCUGUUGACCAAACCAGUCUCACAUCUCUCGCAUCCAAACGCCAAAAGGCUGAAUUUUCUAUCUCAAAUAAGGAGAGGAAAGAGAAGCUUGGGGAACGGAUUGUAGCUCUGCAGCAGCUAGUUUCACCAUAUGGAAAGACAGAUACAGCUUCUGUCCUUCUGGAGGCAAUGGAAUACAUACAAUUCCUUCAUGAACAAGUGUUGAGUGCCCCAUACCUGCAAAGCUCUCCAACAGCCAAGAUGCAGGAGCUAGAGCUAUACAGCUUGAGAAGCAGGGGUUUGUGUCUGGUUCCUGUCUCUUCUACUAUUGGAGUUGAUAGUAGUAAUGGUGCGGAUAUCUGGGCCCCGAUUAAGACUACUUCUCCUAAGUUUGAGAAGUCCAUCUCACAUUUUCAUUAACACAGAAUUGUAGCGCAGCAGCAACAAAAAGGAGUGGGUGUUCUUGAAAGGAUGCUAGAUAUGGCAGUGUAAAAAGUGACCGGUUUCCACUCUAAUGCACAACAAAAUUUUUUGGCAGGCGGAUAAUAUAUGAAGAUUAUAACUUGGAAAAUUUUUAGCAUGAUGAUUUUUCAAUGUAAUUCUGGCAUUGGAAGUUUCCCAUGUUGGAACUCUUUAUCAUACAUGCAGUCCCUCACCAUUCUUGUUUUAAAACUGGUGAUGGGUUUCUAGCAUAAGUCAUUUUGUACCUUUUAUAUUAAAUCUGCAAAUGUUGAUAUUUACUAAAACGCCAUCUGUAUAAAGUAUGUUAACUUUAUUAAUGAAUUGAGGGAAGGGAUAUGAUAUUA